UUUCACCCACCACCUCGCUGUCCCAAGGCCAAAUUGCCAACCCGAUCCAGUUCAUCGCAGCUACAAAACAAAACCCUAGCUAGGAGCUUUUGAAGAGAUCGAGCAAGCGGAAAGCAACGGCCAUUAGGCAUCGAGUUCAACCAAACGAGAUCGAGAACAGAGAAGGCGAGAGAGCCAAGCUCCGAUUCAGGGAGGGGAGGGGAGGAAAGGAAUUGAGUGAGAUGGUGGACGAGAAGUUGGGAAGCAAAGAUGAGUCCAGCUUCUCCAGGACGUGGAGGUUAUUGAGCCAGUACUUGAAGGAGAAUGGCAGCUUGGGAGGCCUUGCUCCUCUUGAUCAACGAACCCAAGGUAAAUCUAGGGCACCCACAACCAUGAGCUUGUUUCCAGGGGUAGAUGUGUCAGGAGAGCUCCAAACACAGAUCAAUCAAGACAAAACCUCUCAGAAAUCAAUGGAUCUUUUCCCCCAAGAAUCAGCAGAAAAAGAGCGUGUCAAAGCCCUAGAAGCCAAGCAGAGGGAGAUGGACCAGCUAACGAUCUUUUAUGCUGGAAAGGUUCUUGUUUUCAACAAUUACCCCGCCGACAAAGCCAGGGAUCUGAUGCAGAUGACAAGCAAAGAGUGUGUUGUAAGUGCUGGAGCUGAGUGCACUUCCAGACCUGAACCCAACCUGUCGACAGCUGCUGCACCGCCACCUCAUAGCUUCCCAAAGCCGAAUUCCGCCGAUAUGCCUAUAGCAAGAAGGCAUUCGCUGCAUCGGUUCCUCGAGAAGAGGAAAGACAGAAUCCAUUCCAAGGCACCGUAUCAAGGUAAUUCUUGUUCGCCUAUGAAAGAGUCGAAGCCAGAAUCUAGCCAGCCUUGGCUCAACCUAGGAAGGGAAAUCUCAGAGCCAGAUCACAGUUCAAACAAUAGCAAAUAACACAGGAAUGAAUAUGAUGCAGAAGCUCGUCUGACAUGGAUCACUGGUCUCAAGUUUCCUCAUUUUAGGAGUGCUCAAACUUAAACAUCUGGAGCAACAGCAAGAUAUGAUAUUUGUUGUUUGUGACUUCCACUAUGAUUCUGUGUAGUUUUGUCAUAAUGGAAGAGAGAAUCAUUUUUUUUUAUUAGUGUAGCAUAUUUACAUUGCAAGGUUUUUCAUAUUGAGUCAGGAGAAUGUAUGUCUAGCCAAAUUCUGCUGGGAUAAGGUUUAGCGAUCAUGAGGAGAUCAUGUUCUAUCAGAUGGUAUCAUUAUGUUUUUAAAGUAACACUGUGGAUUUUGGCUGUAUCAUUAUUUUUUAUAGGAACGCUAGGAAUUUUGGCUCUUCUUCAUCA